AUGGCCGACAGCUUCGAUAUCGCACCCAUUUCGUCCUCGAACUGGCACCCACAUCAGCGCGCAUGGAUUCAACUCUACUACAAGCUCUUGAUGCAGACCAUACGUCAGUAUCCCUCUUAUCCAGUCUGCACUAGCGAUGCCGCAGCUUUCGUUGCCUUCUCGACAUUUUUCGCAGGCUCAGACAGUAUGGGUAUCAUCAAUCUCGAACCGAAUUGGGAGACGCGUAAGGCUAUGUUCAUCCUUUACCGGAACGCAGCUCUUCCGAAUCUAUUGUCUAACCUCGUGGAAGAGUACAAGAACGGAAGGAUCGAGUCAGACUCGCGCGUCAGCUCUCCUCAAGUUCAGGUUAUCCCACCGAUGCUGAAGGAAUACAUCCGGAUCAGCGGGCAGUACGGCCUGGACAACGAUGACCCGGAGCCCUGGGAGAUGCAGACGGACCUCUGGAACUUCCUCUCAGCGACAUUGGCCGAGAUGUUUGAUCACGGUGGGUUUCUAGACAGCCAGGAUACUGUUGUGCAGUCAUUCGUUCGAGUAACUGAGGACAGCGUUGCGCCUGAUGAAGCUGACACCAGGAUGGCAAGACCAUUAAUCCCGUCAACGGACCGUGGAAGUGAAGAGCCUCAACAAGACCAUCCAGAAGUCCCAACUCCCACCGCCAAGCCAACUGGAAAGAACGCCAAAAAGAAUGCGAAAAAGAGAGCCAACAAGAAGUCAAACACGUGGCUUCCAGCCGAGCGCCACGUGCUUUGGCGCUGCAUUAAUACUUUGUGCCGGGAACACGGCAUUGAUGCAUUUGACCACGAGAACAUGGAACUGCAGACCUGGAACAGCUUUGCGCAAGAUAUUAAUACGGAGUGCGAACCGAAAGGUCAAGUUAAGCCAAGAACCGGGGAUAACGUGCGCAGCCAGGUAAAAGACGCCGUUCGGAGGAAACGUCCGCCGAUCAGCGAACUGGCCAAGCGUGCAAAGGAUAUGAGGGAAGAAAUCCGAAAGGACAAAAACAAAGUCUUCCCGCAGAACGUAAGAAAUCCGGAUGAGGCUAUCGAGAUAUCAGAGAGUGAACCAGAGAACGAUGCAGAGGCUGAGGAUGAAGAAUAG